CCUCAACGCUGCUCACACCACUGCACUGUUUUCGGCUGAUUCGGAAUCGCCAGCCAGCUCAGUUGCCACCGCCACCGCCGCCGCUGCUGCUGUUGGAGCAACAGGAUGGCAGCUGUGAAGGCCGUGUGCAUGGCAUUAUCCGUGCAAGAUGGACAGACGGCGACGACUGCGCCACCUGUGCGCGUGCUUGUUUGAUGCGGUGAAGAACGCCGACGACAUCUACGUGCGCCUCAUCCUCGCACAAGGCGCAAGCCCAAACAUCAAGGACAGCAGAGGAUGGACCCCGCUUCACUGGGCUGCAAUCCACCCGCGCCGGGCCAUCGUCCUCAACACGCUGCUCGGAUCUGGUGCACGCGUCAACAUCCGCUGCUCCCGCACAGGCAAGACACCACUCCAUGUGGCUGCAGAGGCCGGCAACCUGCCUGCUGUGAAGUACUUGCUCAACCACGGUGCCAGCUUGACGGUUCGAGAUUCCGCCGACCGAACGCCGUCCGCUGCAGCGCGCGUCCCCACGGCUCUCCAGCGGAUCACACGCAAGCCCACGGCGAAGCGGUUUCUCGAAAACUUUGAGCGGAUGCUUCGGUGCGACGAGGAGAGUGACCAGCAUCAAACAGACACACGCGUCCCGCAGCAGCAAGCAGGGCAGCCAACCGCCAGCAGUCAGGAGGGAGCACUGCCCGCCACGUCACCAACAACUGCAGCCUCGACCAAUCAGGCUAUCCAGCACACGCAACUAACACACCACAUACAGCAACAGCAACAGCAGCUACAGCAACAGGCUGUGUUGGCGCCCACGCCACGACGACAGGUACAGGUGGCACGGGCACGGACGUCACUCGGGGCCAGCGGUGGCAACAACGACAACAACGACAACAGCAGCAGCGACAACGACGACGAUGAUGAUGAUGAUGACGCUGAUGACAAUGACGAGGGUGAGAGUGCGAGCACGGCAGACACGGGCCGAAACAGCAGCACGUGCGCCCCCGCCCGCAGCGUCACGUCCGAGUGUGGAGGAGAUGGGGACAUGGACGAGGCAGGCAACUGCGGUGGUGAUGAUGAGCACCAGCACAUGCAGCACAAGCAACAAACACUGACACCGCUCCAGGCUGAAUUGGGGGAUGCGUUGCGGUGCAGUGUGUGCAGCCACCUGCUGGUCGACCCCGUCACGCUGCCCUGCGGCCACGCCCUGUGUGCCGGCUGCUGCCAGCGGCUCAUGCGCACGUCGUCGCUCCGUCGCAGCGGCCGCGGCCGGAAGUUCGCCUGCCCGCUCGACAACAGCAAGUUCUCCCGGGAUAUGGCGCUCAGCAUCUCUGUCCAACUCCGUACCGUCCUCUCCAUCCUCAGCAGAAGCACGUGAUUGCUGCUGCCGCUGUUGCUGCUGCUGCUCGUUUGGGUGAUGGCCGCUUGGUUCUGCUGCUGCUGCUGCUGCUGCUGUAGCGACAGCUUCCCCCUUUCCCAUUCUCGUCCUCGUUGGUUGUCUGCUCGUCUUCGUUCCUAUCUCGCUGUUCUCGUCACUCAACGUCGCCCCUCCAAUAGUGCACCGCCACAGCCAAUUCUGCCAUCCGUCCACGAGUACAGAACCCACUCAAGCGCACAGAUGCACGUAUGUGUUGUGUGCGUGCG